AUGAAGUCAAUUAUGAGCAGCACAGAGUUUGAUGAGUACAAACAAAUGAUCAACGAAUACCUCAUAGACUGUUGCAUACACUCUGAUCAUGCAAUUAGAUUGCAGUGUCUUGAUAUAAUUAGAUAUUUGCCCAUUAUUUUUAUACUCAGACACGAUCAGCACUCGCUUGUAAAAAAGAAAGCAUAUGAUAUCUGGAAGGAAGCAGUUUUUAACACAAACAGGGAGCUGAAGAAUAUAGCUUGUGAUGUUUUAGAUUUUAUCAAGUACAGGGACGUGAAAGUAUUUUGUUAUGCUUUAAAAGGAACGAUUUCUGAAAUAUGCCUAAAGUAUCUUAGCUGUUUGGAGGAUUAUUUAAAGAGUUGCAAUGAUGAAGGAAUCAAGGAGUUCAUAUAUGUGGAGGCAGUUAAUAACAAUAAACUUGUAAAUUUAGCUGCUGAGUUUUGUAAAGCUCACUUUUGUCCUGAAUUAUUUAAUACUCUGAGUAAAACGCCUGUUUUGAGGGACGAUAUCAUCAACAAUAUUGACAAGAGUCUUUUAUAUGGACUCUGUGCUGAAAACAAUGAGUUGGCAUUCCUUCUCUUUAAUCAUACACAAGAUCCAGUUUAUAUUGAUCUUAUAUCAACACCUCAAAAACUUGAAAUUAUCAAAAGCCACUAUCAAUCUCAUAAGACAGUGUCCAUCAACGAUGAAAAUGUUAUUUUCAUUCUACAAAGCAUUGAGAGUUGUAGUGCAACCGAGGAUUUGCUACUCAGGAUCCAUCCAACAUUUUCAUACUACUACAUUUCAGUUCAUCGGGUCAAUUGUGGUGCAUUGCCUAAGAUUUUUGAACGGGUCUUCAGCACCUGCACCAAUAUAGAUGAACUGAUGGUUGAUAGAAAUCUUAACUAUAUUAGAAGCUGUUCUUUUGAAUAUGUUGAAAAUAAACUCAAACUUAUGCUGCUGUUAAUCAGUCGACCAGAGCGUGCAUUUUUUGAGAGGGUAGUUGAGCUGAUAAAAGACACAAAAUUCGCAUUUUCAAUCGAUCAGAAUUCGCUUUAUGAGAUUCUUGGAUAUCUGUUCAGAAAUAUGCUACUAGCAAAUAGAAGGAAUAGCUGUGCAGAAUGCAUUUCAAUUAUCUAUAAAAAUCAUAAAAAUGAAAUGGGAUAUUUCAAGAUAAUUGCGGAGAACAUCGUUAUUAAAAUUAAAUAG